AUGUUUAGUCGAACAGUUCGAUAUCAAUUACCUUUCAAAAGUAUAAACACUAGUCGGCCUUUCAUUACUUCAACCUUUGUCUGCAACCACAAGAAAGAAGAAAGCGGCCAAAAGAAAGAAGGUAGUCAUAAGAAAGAAGAAGAAAAGAAACAAGAUAACAAUAAAUACAAGGAAAAUGGUGUAUGCAUGAAUGAUCUUCACUUACCUAAUUUGCAGGCUUCGUACUUGUUAUCCCUCGCUGACCAAGAGAAUUUACGUCAACGUGCAACUAGAGAAGUAGCAAAUGCUAAAGAUUUUGGUAUUCAAAAGUUUGCCAAAGAUUUAUUGGAUUCACUUGAUAUCUUAGGUAUGGCACUACAAUCUGUACCGGAAGAGUUUAGAAGCAAGGAAGCUUGUAUGCAAAAGGAUAGCAAAGAACUUGCUGAACAACUGACCCACCUUUAUACGGGUGUCUCUAUGACCGAAAGUGUUUUGCAAAAGACCCUAAAGCGCCAUGAUAUUGAAAUAGAUAACCCACUCGAUCAAGAAUUUGACCCCAACAAACAUGAAGCAGUGUUCCAAACUCCCAUACCUGAUAAACAGCCCGGUACAAUCUUCACUGUCCAAAAGGUGGGAUAUACAUUAAAGAACAGAAUAUUGAGACCUGCUCAGGUUGGUGUGGUCGCUGAGACUUAA